CAUUGUGGGAGGGGUUGCUAUGUGCUCUGACGUACCUGUAAGAAAGGAAACACUUUAUCAUUAUUGUUGCCAUGGGAGUAUAGAUGGAAGUAUUAACUGCUGCAAUUCGUGUCGCUACUAUAAAGCUAGGAUAUAAGGAGCUGAAACCCAGUCAAGAGCUAGCUGUAAGAAGCUUAGUAGAUGGUAGAGACGUGUUUGUCAGCUUACCUACUGGUAGUGGGAAAUCUCUAUGUUUUUGUGUCCUACCUGGAGUGUUCGACGAGAUCAGAAAAUCACCUGGCUCUUCAUUAGUCAUUGUAGUGAGCCCUCUUGUGGCACUGAUGAAAGAUCAAGUGAAAGCCAUGACUGACAGUUUAUGUGGGAAAUUGUGAUGAAAAAGGGCUCAACGAAAUAUCCAGUGGUAGAAAGCAACUCAUAUACAUGAGUCCAGAAUACCUGCUCACAGAUUUACAGUGGAGAGAUAAUAUUCAAAGUCCUGUAUUCCAAGCAAAUCUUGUUGCCCUUGUUAUCGAUGAAGCACACUGUGUAACAAAAUGGGGUAAAGCUUUUCGAACUGAAUUUGCCAACCUUGGAGAAGUUUGCAGUUUGGUGCCUGAAGGUGUUAAAGUGAUGAGUCUAACUGCUACCGCCACAAUCAAAACACGAAAAGCUAUUUGUAAGAGUGUUGGAUUAAUCAACCCUGUUAUAAUCUCCGAGUCCCCUCACAAACCCAACAUCAAAUACAUAGUUCAAGUAAACCCUCCACCGAUUGAAGAAACAUUUGCCCCUCUUAUAGAAGAAGUCAGGAGAUACAGGCAAUUGACAGACAGAGCUAUAAUCUUCUGCCGAACAUACGACAGCAUGACACACAUCUACCUGUAUUUUAAGAACCGGCUUGGAAAAGAGAUUUUAAACCCUAUGAGUGCUCCUGAUAUGGCUCAAUUUAGACUUAUUGAUAUGUUCUCUGCUUGCACUCAACCUGAUGUAAAGGAGGAAAUCAUACGCUCGUUUUCAAUCCCUAAUUCACAACUUAGAGUUGUGAUUGCCACAAUAGCCUUUGGAAUGGGCAUUGACUGCUCCAAUGUCAGAAGAAUUAUGCACUGGGGAGCAUCAGACGAUGUAGAACAGUAUUUGCAAGAAUCAGGACGUGCUGGGCGGGAUCAUCUCUUAGCCCAUGCUAUUCUUUAUCAUAAAGUUCCAGAUGUAGUUACAAGGGAUCUAUCCGAAGAUAUGAAAGAAUAUUGCAUUAACAAGAGUGUAUGUAGAAGGACUAUGCUUUUUAAAAAGUUUAAUGGAUAUACUGAACAUUUAUAUGCUGGAAAUGAACUGUGCCAAUGUUGUGACAUUUGUGAGUGUGUAUGUAUGUGUGCCAAGUGCUCUUUUUGA